AUGGCCGGCGGAGUUACCGUUCGCGAUGUCGAUGCGCAGAAGUUCAUCACUGCCUACUCUGCUUUCUUGAAGCGUCAGGGCAAGCUUCCCAUCCCCGGUUGGGUCGAUACCGUCAAGACUGGUCCUGCCAAGGAGCUCCCUCCCCAGGACAUUGACUGGUUCUACGUCCGUGCCGCCUCCAUCGCCCGCCACGUCUACCUCCGCAAGACCGUCGGUGUUGGCCGUCUCCGCAAGGUCCACGGCACUGCCAAGAACCGUGGCAGCCGUCCCUCCAAGCACGUCGAUGCCUCCGGCUCCGUCGACCGAAAGGUCAUGCAGGCUCUUGAGAAGAUCGGUGUCCUUGAGCAGGAUGAGGACAAGGGUGGCCGCCGCAUCACCCAGGCCGGACAGCGUGAUUUGGACCGAAUUGCCCAGACCACUGCUGAGGCCGAGGAGGAGGAGGAUGACGAGUAA